UUUUCCUUCUGCAACUCUGUUACAACUCAUUUUCUCUGUACCAAUUCUCUCUUCUACUCGCUCGAUCAAUUGCACACACACACUUAAUUUGCAUUCAUCUCUGAAUUCAACAUGGUAUCGGAGCUUCUAAUUGAAAGGAUUUAUGGAUUUUCUUCGUCAAUUUUGAAAGGAAAUCGAGAAAUUCUUCGUCUUCAAAGUUCACUGAAAACCUAAUUUUGCAGUUAUGGUGAAUUCUAGUACUGAAUCUAACUGCAGCACAAUUUAUCACAAUCAUCCGCCUUAUCUACAGCCGUCGGAUUCGCCGGUAGUGGUACAAACUGAAAUAUUGCUCAUCGGAAUGGAAAAUUAUAGCAUUUGGAGUUGCGCGAUGCUGCUGGCGUUGGAAUGCAAAAACAAGCUCGGAUUUAUCGACGACACCGUUCAUCGAGCUAAUGUUGGCAAGGAUUUGGAGAAACAGCAGGAUUGCUGCAAUGCUUUGGUGAAAUCAUGGAUUACGAGCAAUGAUCUCUUCACUGGGAGGGUGAAGGAGACUGGUAAGGAAGAAGAUGGAUUAUAUGUCCUAAAUUCAAGGAAAAGGAAACCAUUUACUGAAGGACAAAAAAUAAUGGCAGUUUCUGGAGAGUUGAAUGCAGCUAUUUGGCACAAGAGAUGGACUUGA